UGCUCUCAAGCCUUUCACAGCCUAGCGGAGGACGAGAGAGAAUGAUCCGGUAUCGCGCGGGUAGGAGCCGCCCUGCAGGUGUUUGACAAAGACCCAUCAUUGAGUGGGACUCUAGGACAGUCUGUUCAUGCCAAUAUUUCAGAAGCGACAUUUCCAGACUAUGUGAAGAUCCAUUUUAAGAUUUAUUCCUCUAUGAUGGAGAAGUAUGAAAAAAUUGGGAAAAUUGGCGAAGGAUCCUAUGGAGUUGUUUUCAAAUGCAGAAACAGGGACACGGGUCAGAUUGUAGCCAUCAAGAGAUUUCUGGAAUCAGAAGAUGACCCUGUCAUAAAGAAAAUCGCCCUUCGAGAAAUCCGCAUGCUCAAGCAACUCAAGCAUCCCAACCUCGUUAACCUCAUCGAGGUCUUCAGAAGGAAGCGGAAGCUUCACCUGGUGUUUGAGUACUGCGACCACACGGUUCUCCAUGAGUUGGACAGACACCAACGAGGGGUGCCGGAACAUCUUGUGAAGAGCAUAACUUGGCAGACAUUGCAAGCUGUAAAUUUUUGCCAUAAACACAACUGCAUACAUAGAGAUGUGAAGCCAGAAAACAUCCUCAUCACAAAACAUUCAGUGAUUAAGCUUUGUGACUUUGGAUUUGCUCGGCUUUUGACUGGACCCAGUGACUACUACACAGACUACGUGGCCACCAGGUGGUACCGCUCCCCGGAACUGUUGGUGGGGGACACCCAGUACGGCCCCCCGGUAGAUGUCUGGGCAAUUGGCUGUGUCUUUGCUGAGCUGCUGUCAGGAGUGCCUCUGUGGCCGGGGAAAUCAGAUGUGGAUCAACUCUAUCUGAUUAGGAAAACCUUGGGAGAUCUCAUUCCUAGGCACCAGCAAGUAUUUAGUACGAAUCAGUACUUCAGUGGGGUGAAAAUUCCAGACCCUGAAGAUAUGGAACCACUUGAAUUAAAAUUUCCAAACAUCUCGUAUCCUGCCCUGGGGCUCUUAAAGGGGUGUCUCCACAUGAAUCCUGCUGAGAGACUGACAUGUGAACAGCUGCUGCAGCACCCGUAUUUUGACAGCAUCAGAGAAACAGGGGAUUCAGCAAAAGAGCUUGACAGACCAAUAAGGAAGACCCUGAGACAGAGCCGAAAGCACCUGCCUGGGGGCACAGGAGGAGACGGAGGAGACGUCUGCCUGAAUCCUGCAGGUGUCCUCGUGCUGCAGGUCCCCACUGCCACGGAGGGGUUUUGUUGUGCACGAGCAGGGCCACAGGCACACAAGGCUGCAGCACCUACCCCAGCUGACUAGCAGCAGCUUCCUUCCGGCUUUGGAUAAUAAGAAGUACUACUGCAGUAUCAAGAAACUCAACUACCGUUUUCCAAACAUUUAAGGAGCUUGGAGAUUGAUGAUGAAAAAGGAACCAAACCUGUACAUUUGAUGGAAGACAAUCACAAUGUUUUAAAAAACAUCAGGAGAAAACCUAAGUAACACAUUGGGGGAGGCCACUUGGCAGACUCUGCAGGGGAAUUCCAGAGGCAGACUUCUUCCACGCUUCAUGGUGGCGACCAGAACAGAAAGGAAAAGCUUGUUUGGAUUUUCACUUGCAUUUUUGUUGUAUCUAAGUAGCUGAGCUUAUCGACAGAAAUAUAAACAGUAUCUACUGCCCAGAUCUCUGGCAAAAUUAGAGACGUGAUAAAGAUUUAUGCUCCAGUUGUACUCUAGGCCACAAGAAAAAUGGAUUACAAAACACCCAUAUGUAUUUCCUGUAUCUCUAUUGCAUUGUGUCCUAUCGCCUGCCUUUUAGUUCCUGAAAUCAAAAUGUUUAAAAUUCCAUUUUCUCCUUGCCCUAUCUCUUGAUUUUCAUAUUUUGAAACAUUUUUGGAAUAUUGAAGUAUUGCUUAAUAUAUUUAAGAAUCAUGGAUUCUUAUAACAAAAUUUACGUAUUUAAUGAUGUUUCUGGACAUUUCUUACAUGUACUUUGGUCUUUACUUUGGUAAAGGAUGCAUCUUAGUCAUAUUUGCAGGCAAGGUGGGUUUACAUAACCCAUCUACAGGUGACCCAGUUCCCCAUGGAAACAAUGGUGUGAAGACGGGCAGCCAACCAAGGCGAUCAGGGGUAGAACGAGCCCUGGAGGCUUCCUGGGAGCUGAGCCUAUCAGCCUGAGAGUACUUAUUCUUCUUUCUCUCCAGCUCAGCCUCAGACUUGGAGACAGAUCUAUGGGCAGAACUACAUACAGUAAUCUGGGUUUUGGAAGAAAUUGCUUGUGAGUUUUUACUUGGAUCAUGAAAGAUGUGACGUUGUAAACUCAUAUUUUUCCUGAAAUACUUUUUUAUACUAUAUGCAUAUAUAUGUGUAUACAUAUGCAUGUGUCUGUACACAUAUAAGUGUGCGUGUGUAUAUAUAUAUAUAUAUACAAUGCUAAGAACUGAUAAAAAUAAUGAGUAGUCCAAAAUGAUACUGAAGAUUCCUACCUUUGUAUCGUGAGACUUAAAAUGAUGACCUGUAAUUAGCUUUGAGUUGGCCUACCACUUGUCUUCAAAAAGCUUUAUCAUUCCUGUUCGCUGACCACAAGGGCAACAUGAAGUUCAUGUCUGUUUCUUAUAGCUCACUGCCAGUUUUGGCUGAUGUGCUGCUGCUGUUUCCUAGUCAUUCUCAGCAAUGGUUUUAGAUGUUGUUUACUCUAUCUUCAAAACAUUUCUUCUGUACUCUUACUAGUUUACUGCUAAAGUAACUUCCUUCAUGACAGCAUUGGACUUUAUUCACUUACUGCUAAGUAAUUAUGGACCAAAUUCGGGCAUCUGUUCCAUAAUUUUGGCCACUCCAGCCAGGUUAAUGAUACUCUGAGGCUUCCUGAUGUAUGUAGCUUCUUGCAAGGAGCUGACAGUGGGUUAAAUAGUAGUCUCAGCAUUAUCUGAUUCUUCUUAUGUGGCUUUGAUUCAAAUGGCAAGGAAGGACAACCCACUUCUGUGAAUAGUUUACAUUUUGUGUUUUUCUUUUUAACCCCAAACAAUGUAUUUGACGAGGCAGAUGAUUAUAACUGCCUAAUUUAUGCAGUGGUUUUAUAGAAAACCAUUUAGAAUACAAAAGUAGUUCCAGACUAAAUUGUCAAUCAGUUGCCUCACCACACAGUAAUUAACCAAAUCUGAGAUGGAAUCAUUCAUUUUUUUCUAAUGAGUUCUAAAUGUGCACUAAUGCUUAAUUGAACCAUAUCUGUAAUCAUUCAUUCAGCGUGGAAUCACCAUUGAUUCACAUAAGACUGCUUUUACAACCUAGUCUUUUAAUAAUUUGUUUUCUGAUUUUAUAAAUGACAGUGGCAAUCAUAUUCGUAAACAGUAUAUCAUUUGUGGUAUGUGCUAUUUAUAUAAGCUGGUUUCUAAACACAAUGACAAUCCAUUUUUUCCUAUCCCAGUGCUGCAUCAUACAGUGUUUAUUUUAAAAUUAUUUCCUGUUAAGGUUCUAUUCAGAAGCUUAGAGUUUAUAUUCAAGAAGCAGACAUACAGAAAUCUACAGACAACUUGGCAUAUAAUUAACAAUAAUAGAACCCAGGCCAUUUCAAGCAAGUAAAAAUAAAGAUCUGUUUUUACCUA